ACUCGCGCUCGGGCGAGCCUGCACUUCAGUCUCUGGCUGGAGCCCGAGGACGCGCGGAGAGUGUGUGUGCAGGCGGCUGCAGACUGCGGGCGCGGCCAUGGCCCCUGUGCUGAGCAAGGACGCGGCGGACAUCGAGAGUAUCCUGGCUUUAAAUCCUCAAACACAAACUCAUGCAACUCUGCGUUCCACUUCGGCCAAGAAAAUAGACAAGAAACAUUGGAAAAGGAAUCCUGAUAAGAACUGCUUUAAUUGCGAGAAGCUAGAGAAUAAUUUUGAUGACAUCAAGCACACAACUCUUGGUGAGCGAGGAGCUCUCAGAGAAGCAAUGAGAUGUCUGAAAUGUGCAGAUGCACCCUGUCAGAAGAGCUGUCCAACAAAUCUAGAUAUCAAAUACUUCAUCACCAGUAUUGCAAAUAAGAACUAUUAUGGAGCUGCUAAAAUGAUUUUUUCUGACAACCCACUUGGUCUGACUUGUGGAAUGGUGUGUCCAACUUCUGAUCUUUGUGUGGGUGGAUGCAAUUUACAUGCCACUGAAGAAGGACCGAUUAAUAUUGGUGGACUACAGCAGUUUGCUACUGAGGUGUUUAAAGCAAUGAAUAUCCCACAAAUCAGAAAUCCGUCUCUGCCACCCCCGGAGAAAAUGACUGAAGCCUAUUCUGCAAAGAUUGCUCUUUUUGGGGCUGGCCCUGCAAGUAUAAGUUGUGCUUCCUUUUUGGCUCGAUUGGGCUACUCUGACAUCACCAUAUUUGAAAAACAAGAAUAUGCUGGUGGUUUAAGUGCUUCUGAAAUUCCUCAGUUCCGGCUGCCAUAUGAUGUAGUGAAUUUUGAGAUUGAGCUUAUGAAGGACCUUGGUGUUAAGAUAAUUUGUGGUAAAAGCCUUUCAGUGAAUGAAAUGACUCUUGGCACUCUGCAAGAAGAAGGGUACAAAGCUGCUUUCAUUGGAAUAGGCUUGCCGGAACCCAAUAAAGACCCCAUCUUCCAAGGCCUGACACAGGACCAGGGGUUUUAUACAUCUAAAGACUUUUUGCCACUUGUAGCCAAAAGCAGUAAAGCAGGAAUGUGCGCCUGUCACUCUCCAUUGCCAUCGAUACGGGGAACCGUGAUUGUGCUCGGAGCCGGCGACACUGCUUUUGACUGUGCAACAUCCGCUUUACGUUGUGGGGCCCGCCGUGUGUUUGUCGUCUUCAGAAAAGGCUUUGUUAAUAUAAGAGCUGUUCCUGAAGAGAUGGAGCUGGCUAAGGAAGAAAAGUGUGAAUUUUUGCCUUUCCUGUCCCCACGGAAGGUUAUAGUAAAAGGUGGGAGAAUUGUUGCUAUGCAAUUUGUUCGGACAGAGCAAGAUGAAACUGGAAAAUGGAACGAGGAUGAAGAUCAGAUAGUCCGUCUGAAGGCCGAUGUGGUCAUCAGUGCCUUCGGCUCAGUUCUGAGUGAUCCUGAAGUAAAAGGAGCUUUGAGUCCUAUAAAAUUUAACAGAUGGAAUCUCCCAGAAGUAGAUCCAGAAACUAUGCAAACCAGUGAACCAUGGGUGUUUGCAGGUGGUGAUAUUGUUGGCAUGGCUAACACCACAGUGGAAUCAGUGAAUGAUGGAAAACAAGCAUCUUGGUACAUUCACAAAUAUAUACAGUCACAAUAUGGAGCUUCAGUUUCUGCCAAACCAGAACUACCUCUCUUUUACACGCCUAUUGAUCUGGUGGACAUUAGUGUGGAAAUGGCUGGAUUGAAGUUUAUGAAUCCUUUUGGUCUUGCUAGUGCACCUCCAGCUACCAGUACAUCAAUGAUUCGAAGAGCUUUUGAAGCUGGAUGGGGUUUUGCCCUGACCAAAACUUUUUCUCUUGAUAAGGACAUUGUGACAAAUGUUUCACCCAGAAUCAUCCGGGGGACCACCUCUGGCCCAGUUUAUGGCCCUGGACAAAGCUCCUUCCUGAAUAUUGAGCUCAUCAGUGAAAAAACGGCUGCAUAUUGGUGUCAGAGUGUCACUGAACUAAAGGCUGACUUUCCAGACAAUAUUGUGAUUGCUAGCAUCAUGUGCAGUUACAACAAAAAUGACUGGAUGGAACUCUCAAAAAUGGCUGAGGCUUCUGGAGCAGAUGCCCUGGAGUUAAAUUUAUCGUGUCCACAUGGCAUGGGAGAAAGAGGAAUGGGCCUGGCUUGCGGGCAGGAUCCAGAGCUGGUGCGGAACAUCUGUCGCUGGGUUAGGCAAGCUGUUCAGGUUCCUUUUUUUGCCAAGUUGACCCCAAAUGUCACUGAUAUUGUGAGCAUCGCAAGAGCUGCAAAGGAAGGUGGUGCAGAUGGUGUUACAGCCACCAAUACUGUCUCAGGUUUAAUGGGAUUAAAAGCAGAUGGCACACCCUGGCCCGCCGUGGGCGUUGGGAAGCGGACUACAUAUGGAGGAGUUUCUGGCAUAGCCAUCAGACCUCUUGCUUUGAGAGCAGUGACUGCUAUUGCUCGUGCUUUGCCUGGAUUUCCUAUUUUGGCCACCGGUGGAAUUGACUCAGCUGAAAGUGGACUUCAGUUUCUCCACAGCGGUGCUUCGGUCCUCCAGGUAUGCAGUGCUGUGCAAAAUCAGGAUUUCACUGUGAUCGAAGACUACUGCACGGGCCUCAAAGCCCUACUUUAUCUGAAAAGCAUCGAAGAACUCCAAGACUGGGAUGGGCAGAGUCCAGCUACCAUGAGGCACCAAAAAGGAAAACCAGUUCCUCGAAUUGCUGAACUCGUGGGAAAGAAACUGCCAAGUUUUGGACCUUAUCUUGAACAGCGCAAGAAAAUCAUAGCAGAGAACAAGAUGCGACUGAAAGAACAAAAUACAGCAAUUCCACCACUUGAGAGAAACCAUUUUAUCCCCAAAAAGCCUAUUCCUGCCAUUAAGGAUGUCAUUGGAAAAGCACUGCAGUACCUUGGAUCAUAUGGGGAAAUGAGCAACAUAGAGCAUGUUGUGGCUCUGAUUGAUGAAGAAAUGUGUAUCAACUGUGGCAAAUGCUACAUGACCUGCAAUGACUCUGGCUACCAGGCCAUACAGUUUGAUCCUGAAACCCACCUGCCUACCGUUACCGACGCUUGCACAGGCUGUACUCUGUGCUUCAGUGUCUGCCCGAUUAUCGACUGCAUCAAAAUGGUUUCCAGGACAACACCUUACGAACCAAAGAGAGGCUUGCCCUUAACUGUGAAUUCGGUGUGUUAAGGUGAUUUGUGAAACAAUUGCCUUGAACUUCGAGGUCACCUACAUAUGCUAAUCUUUCUCAUUGUGAUUGUGGUCCUCAGCUCUUUCUAAAUGAAAAGAAAUAUAUAAUUUCUAAAUAAAAAUUAUUUCUAAAUACACUUCCAAAUCUAAAAAAAGUCGAAUGCCUGUGACCAAUUAAUGGUCAUAACAGAGAAUCAUUCUUUUCUGAAGAUAGUUGUUAAAUAACUGUGUAGCAGUUAAUUGGAUGUUCACCGUCAGUUGUCCAUUGUGAAAAAUAAUAACUGUUUUGUGGCAAUUAAUGCGACAAUUUCCAAAUUGCCCUAUGCUGUGCUCUGUCUUUGAUUUCUAAUUGUAAGUGAAAUUAAGUAUUUUAGAACAAAGCACAAUUUAACACGCAAGAAAAUGUUUCCAAGGAAACAUUUUAUAAUUAAAAAUUGCAUUUAAUUUUAACACUGUUUCUAAGCAAAUGUAAUUAGUUCCAUAAAGCACAAAUGAAGAAAGUCAAAUAAUUAUUUAUGAUGGCAGGGGGAAAAAAGCCAAAGGGGGUUUCUAAAACUUUAAGACCCCUUCACUGAAAUAGCUUCUUUUUGGUGCUUGAACUAAAAGCAAGAGUAUUUAGCCACCAUUCACAUCAUUCUGUGCUAGUCACCAUUCAUGCCUGAGACGGGUGUCCAAACUCCACCAAUGAAUCAACAUGACAUUUGUCUUUAAAUAUUUAAACUAUGUUCCUAACAAAAUAAGAUGUUAGGAUGGAGCUCUGGGUAUAGCUGCUCUUUGCUGUACAGAGAUCUGCUCCAUCUCUUUUAAUACUAACCUUCGUGAUUAUAGCAAUUAAUGUUUGAACAAAACCAAAUUUUACAGCAGUGGAUCAUGUGUUUUCAGUAUUCAAGAAUUAAAAUAAAGUGUUGGUAGUAUGUAUUAAGUUUUAAAAAUCAACUUUGCUAUUCUGAAUUUUAGUGUUUGUGUUUAAUUUCAAAAGUGAUGGAAUAGAAAAGAAAUAUUUUUCCUAUUAACGACUGAUAUUUUUAUAUUUCUUGCUUUUUAUAAUCAGCAAAUAGCAUUUUAUAAAUUCAUUAUCUCUUUUAUGUGGCAUAUUUUAAUAUGAAUCCCAUAUGUAGUAAAUCUUUAACAUUCUGUGGCUUAUUUCUAUGACAAAUGCAAUAUCCAGAAAAUUAAAAUGUUUGAUUAUGCACUUUUAGAAAUGCAUGUUUACCACAAAAUCAGUGUGAUUGAAUAAAACCAAAUAAAAUUUCAUAAACAUUUAAA